UGCUUGUGUAUCUUUCUCCUUUUCACCUGGCCAGUAGUAUAUAUCAUACCGAAUCAUGGCUGCCGUGAACUACCCAAUCACAGGCCCUCCAGUGCCAUCCCCUGCUCCGGCUGAUGGAUCCGUUCCUCUGAGACUUGAGGUUCGUAACCUUCAAAACAAUCACCCAGAUCAGUGGAACCUAUAUCUACUCGGUCUCCAGGCUUUCUAUAAGCUUGACGAAGCCUCGGAUCUGUCUUUCUAUGGCAUCGCCGGGAUCCAUGGACGUCCUUACCGGGAAUGGGGAGGGGUUGAGGGAACCAACUCUCCUACAUGGGGAGGGUACUGCACUCAUACUUCAAUUCUUUUUGCUCCGUGGCACCGUCCAUAUGUUUCCCUCUUCGAGCAAGUCCUUUAUAGUCUCAUUCAGGAUAUUGCAAGUACCUUCCCUGAUUCUACUCGGAUCCGCUACCAACAGGCUGCAUCCACUUUCCGCGUCCCAUAUUGGGAUUGGGCUGCUCAACCGCCAUCUGGAGAUCAAUAUUUCCCACUCUCCGUUGGAGGUUCCGCCACAGUAAAUGUGAUCACCCCGCAAUCAGACGGUCAAACCAUCUCGAUCCCAAAUCCACUUUACUCGUACAAAUUCGCCCCUCUCAACCCUGAAAAGGGGGACUUUGUGGAAGAUGAUGGAGUCCCAUAUAACCGCUGGCCAACAACUCUACGAUAUCCAUCAUCUCAGAGAUCAAUCAAUGCCAAGUCCCAGGAAAGCCAAGUAUUCGAUGCUAUGCAAUCACAAUUUAGUAGUCUACAAAGCAACGUCAAUAUUCUGAUGAAUGAUCCAAAUUAUAAAGACUUUGCCGCUUUCAGCAACCAUAUAUGGGAGUCAGACCCAGGAACUUUCGCCAGCUUGGAAGAUGUCCACAAUACCAUACAUAGUGAAGUCGGAGGUAACGCAGGACAUAUGUCUGAACUUGACUAUGCAGCAUUUGAUCCGGUGUUCUGGCUUCAUCACGCCAAUGUGGACCGCCUCUUCGCUAUAUGGCAAGCCCUAAAUCCGACAAGUUACGACAUAAAUGAACAGUCUGGGAGCGGAACCUUUGUUAUAAGCUCCAACGGCAUCGAAACCGACACCACACCUUUAGCUCCUUUCAACGAUGCAUCUGGCCGUAAGUUCUACAAUUCCCAAGUCGUACGUAGUACUGAGACUUUCAAUUACGCGUAUCCCGAAACCCAGAGAUGGUCAUUCUCCAGCGACAACGACUAUUUAGAAAGUGUACAGAAGGCUGUUGACGAGUUGUAUGGGAGUAUUUCGGGUCAAGCUGCUAGUGACUUGAUGACAGCCAGCGCAGCUUUACCAGCUACACCUAUUAUCAAGGAGAAGGUCGUGCACGACUCUACACAGAAGCCCAGUUCUACGUCAGGCGCCCCGGUCCAUUCCUCGUCUCCCAUCCAUGUAACUUCGACUUCUGUUUCGGGCCACUCACCGGAAUUAAAUGAAAACUUCCGAGGCCUCAAUCUUGGAUCUGAGAUUGGUCAAGCACCCACUCUUCCACUCUCUCCACAACCAAGUAAAUAUACCGAAUAUAUUUGCAACAUCAAAACCCCCAAGCACCUCUUUCACCAAACCUACCGUGUGCACAUCUUUCUCGGGGAAUUCAAUAACGACACGACAACUUGGCAUACACAGGAUACACUGGUCGGGACUUUCGCGGCGUUUGGCAAAAAUCCCAUCACCACUGGCUGCGGAAAAUGCAAGGAUGAUGAAAAGAGCCAAGUCAUCAUCACUGGUACCGUGCCUUUAACCAGGGCCUUAAUUGACGAAUACAAGAAAGGCAACCUCAAAAGCUUAGGGCAGGAGAGUGUGUUGCCAUACUUGACAAAGCAUUUGCAUUGGAGGGUCACCUUGGCCGACGGGACAGAUAAGCCAAGGGAGGAGGUCGCAGGUCUUAAAGUCAGCGUUGUGACGACAGAUGUGGAUUUACCUGUUGAUGGCAGGCCGAGAUUUUCAGGUAUUUAUGUAGUUCACCCUGAGGUUACGGAGGGGAGGCCAGCGGGUCAUGGGGAGAAUGAUCAAGUUUGAAGUAGCUUCUUUCAUUCGAGGCUCGCAUGAGAUUAAGCUCGCAUUCACUUAUUUCCUUGAGACGAUAUCCUAUCCUGUAUUUCCAGAAUCUGGUCUAUCUACGGGUUGUCCUGUAGUCCAACAGCCUCAUUGACUCUGUAUUGAUCCAAUGGUCUUUUCACAG